AUGAAACGUAUUGGGCCAGUCGCUUAUCAGUUAGAGUUACUUUCGGAGUCAGAGCGUAUUCAUGAUGUGUUCCACGUCUCUAUGUUGAGGCAGUAUCUGUCUGAUCCAUCUCAAAUAGUAUCAGUUGAGGAGAUUGAGGUAAGACCAGAUUUGAAUUUGGAGGAUGAGUCAUUUCAGAUUUUGGAUCAUGAGGUUAAAGUCUUGAAGAGGAAGACUAUACCAUUAGUUAAGGUUCUAUGGAAAAAUCAUUGUACAGAGGAAGCCACUUGGGAACCUGAGGACUCGCUACGACAACAAUACCCACGUUUGUUUGAGUCAUUGGUUAAGUGCCUUGGAUAUGUGUUUGAGGUCUUGUAUCUGAGCAUAAUCUAA